GUAUAGUCACAUUUUUUGCCUGUCUGUUCGGUACUAAGUUAAGAAAAAAAAAACUGAUGUUUGACGGCGGAGCUUCCACAUGAUUCUUUUACUUUGACACUUCGUUCAAAGUGAUCGUCUUAUUACGGCAUUACACGUUUCGUGUCUUUACGACUUAAAAAAUGCGUUACGUGGCCGCGUAUUUGUUAGCUGUGCUCGGUGGAAAGGCUUCCCCAGCAGCCUCAGACCUUGAGAAGAUCCUCAGUUCCGUCGGUAUCGAAGCUGAUUCUGAGAGAUUGAAGAAAGUCAUCGAUGAACUCAGCGGCAAGACCGUCGAGGACCUGAUCGCCCAAGGUCGUGAGAAGCUGUCAGCCAUGCCAGCUGGAGGUGCUGCACCAGCUGCUGCUGCUGCCGCUGCACCUGCCGCUGCCGCUGCUGAGGAGAAGAAAGAAGAGAAGGAGGCCAAGAAAGAAGAAUCUGAAUCUGAAGAUGAAGAUAUGGGCUUCGGUCUCUUUGACUAAACACAGUUUCUCGUUUGUAUUACAGAUGGCGUAUAGCACGCGGUUUUAUAUUCCAAUUUUUGGUUUAAGCGUAAUGUGACGGCAUGUUUGUUUCUGUGAAAUAAACUUUCCAAGUAAA